CGUGUUCCGUGUUCGUCGCUUUCCAUUUUCUUCUGUCGCGGUCAACGUUUCUAUGCAACCUAAUCGACGGGUAUUCAUCGGAUAACAUCGGUAAACUGUUUGCCAAUUUAUAAAUACGUUGUAGAAGUGUGAAGAUGAGAAUUCAUGUAAUAUACGAAAUCAUAGAAAUUUCCAAGUAUUCGUUAUAAUAUUUGAUGGACCUCAUUCUCUGCUUAUAUUCACAAAAACAUGAAAUUUCAUAAAGACAAAUUGCAAUUGCUAGAUACGCGAAUAUUGCUGAAAUAUAUAAAGUAAUGGGCGAAAUAUGAUUAUAGGUUAAGUUAUUUAUUUAAAAAGUUACUAAAGUUAAAAUUAGAUGUGAUUCGUUUUGUUUUAUACCGAUGUUAAAAUAGCAAAAACUAAGCAAAUAUUGAGAUACUUGAUACGAGUUCCCAUUUCAAGUCGUUCAUGCGAUACGUUUAUUACGUUUGAGAGCGUAAGAGCACAGAAAAUUGAAAGAUGAGGCUUAAUUGUAUCGUUUGAUUCUCGCUAGUUUAUUCGUUCUGAUCAUCGUUUUUCUUAUUUACUGACUCCUUGAAACCAGAAUAGAUUCUUUCGUGACGGUACAAUGCAUUUGAUCGCGUUACACGUAGAUUGGAAUGUGGAACUUUAGAUUAACCCGUGAAUGCACAAUUUAUACGAUCAAUUUCACGAUAUAUGUGUAUAUUCAUAUAUAUAUUCCUGAUUCUCCAGCGACUACUCUGAGUCACUGAUGAUAUGAUUAACUCAUCGCGCGCAAUCGUAGAAUAAUUGCUCACCGCACAACACCUGCGAUCUUUACAUAUUCAAAUUUGAAUCUAUGCGUCGACGGCUUGAUAAAUAAAUUAUGAGAGGAUGGGGAAUCUUUAAAUAUAAGUACAAAUUGUACAUUUAUUACUGAUAUAAAUCCAUUUCGUUCCAUAAAAGGAAAUACGAAUUAAAAAUUUCAGAGCGUUAAGAAAGAACAUUCAAAAAGCGUUUUAUUUUUACGGUAUAAGAUAUAUUUUCCGGAAUGAUCAACUGAUCUUUUUCGAUUGUGCAGUGCAAUCAUGUGUUUCCACAUUUGUUAUGUAGAUACGGUAGUGCUUGGUUUGGUAUGCAUUCCUACAAUGUUCGUACAUGUAUACGUGCGGACCCAGAUUCCCCGCAGCAUACGUGAUUAUUAUCAAAUAGGACGUGAAAUGCAUGUGGCUUCGAGGAAAAAGGAGAUUUGAUCUGUGCAUUCAAUUAGUAAUUGAUUUACGGCUCGUUUCGAUAGACCCGCCAGGAAUAAUCUUGAAAACUAGAAAAUUUUCAUCUACGUAUAUAAUUAUAUAUUUUAACAACGAUCCUGAUCAUUAUGAUUGUGCGUUAUAAAAAUACAGAAUUUUUUACCAGUAAAAGUAGAAAAGUACCAUUUUUGUAGUGUUACUGUUCAUGAGAAUAAGUCGUGUGAAUGAUAGUAUUCUAAUAAAGUAUAACAAUUUUAUUUUAUUUUUUUUUUAUAUAUCUUGCGUUUUUAAUCGCGCUCUUGAAUCGAAUCGCUUGGGUGAGGAUGUAUUACAUACAUACAUAAAAUUCAGAUGAAUUUAAAGCGGGAUACAAUGAAAUGAAUUCUUUUCUGUAUCGAAUCCUCCAGGUAAGAACGUACGUUUUAUGCAAAACUACGCAUAAUAUUUCGAUUAAAUUAAAAUACGUCAUAUUCCGGUAAGUUCCAUUCAGUUUUGCAACUAUUCAUUGAAUGUAUCACGUUUGCACUCUGAGGUAAUUGACUUCCCGUGCACGCGAUCUUUUUCAUUAAUAGACAAUGUUUGUAAUUACGUAUUAUUCAUUCUCUUUCGUCCUUUGUGCAACACGUACGAAAAGAACUGUAACUAUCGCUUUCAAACAUCAUUUUUCUCAUAAUUUUGUUUUCUUGCAAGUAAAAUAUAAUUCAUCGCUCAUAUUAAUAAUAUCAUUCAUAAACAUUAAAGUUAAUGUCUAAAGCGAAGUAUAUACAUUUUUUAUUCGUUAUAAAUAAAGAUGUACCAAAAAUUCAUAAUUUUGAUAAGAAGAUGUAAUCUACGAAUUUAUAAAGAUCUUCAAUUCCCUAAAAUCCCAAGAAUCUUUAACAUCUACAAAAGAUAGAAAAUGUAUAGAUCUUCGCAUUGAACGGGUAUAUCAGAACGUGUUCUUACAAAUUUCAUGAAUUUUAAACAUUCCCCUGUUGUUUUCAACGACCAAGGGAAGUUAGAAAUCAGAACUCAAUGAUGGUUUGAGGGCCGUGACAGAUAUCAGAGAUACCAGAACGAUUUCGAGUAACGCGAGAUUGCGUGGCGUUGCUACUUUCGCUGCUGCGAAAGGUGCGUUUAGGUGAAACAGAUAUACAUAUAGAGGAGGAUACAAUAUACAGCACGACAUAGAAGCUAGCCGCGACUUCAUUCCUCACGGCCCGGCGCGCCGCGAAUCGAUAAACGGCGACCAUCACGCAACACAUAAACCCAUCCUCGCUAACCACCCCGACCUCUACGACCGGCUGCACCAUUCCCCGGAUCGUACGGCAUCUGUACGCUACACAUCGUGUUAUCAUUAAAGUAGACAGAGCUUUCGGUACAUCGGCACUUUCAAUAAUGACGUAACGCCUUCUCUCCAUCCUUUUCAUUCAUUUACUGAUCUCGUUCCUCUUUCAUAUCUUUUCGCAUCUUUCUUCUUUUCGUACCCUAAUUUUCAAUUCUAAACCGAUGGAAUCGAUGAAUUUUAGGAUAAUAGAAAUCUCUAAUUGUGAUAAAUACCUAUUUUGGUACAUCCAACUUGAACGAUGAUAUAGCAUUUCCACUCUUCUUCCUACCCUACAUUCACUCACUAAUCUCGUUUCUUCACACUCGUAUGCAAUCAAUUGGAUGCUUCACCCAUCCUUUUAGGUGUUCUUUUUCUUUUUACGUGUGUCGAUAACCAUAGAAUCAGCCUGAAAACAAGAGGAUUAUGUAUCUUUGUGCGAUUUCGAUGACUUUUUUUUAAUAGAAAAUUGAGAACAACUUGUGAAGUACUUACAUUAUAAAACAAUCAUUUCAAAAUUCUUUAAGCUAAAAAAAAUUAUUUGUGUCAUACAUUUCUUUCUAGCGGAAAAGAAUGAACUUAAAAAUUUGGAAGAACAGGUAUACAAAACGGGAAGAACGUGACAGAUUUACUAAAGAGGAAAGCAAGUAUCUGAGUAUCCGGAAACGAGGUUAUUCUAGAUCGUAUGCAAUAACGGCGAAUGCGAAUCAUUAUCAUUUGCAUUCAUAAUAUGUAGUUGCAAGGUACUUAAACAUAAUCGCUACUUUCAGUAAUAUACAAUGCAUACGCGUGUAUCUUAUUAGGAAUAUCAUAGAUAAAACAAAUAAAAACGAUUAUCCACUAUAUGUAGAUCUUAAAUUGAUAGAAUGUGCAAAACAUACUCUUUAACCUUAAUUUUGUUACAAUAUACAAGCUCAAAAAUGUACAUUGAAAUUAUGCGAUUAUGUAAAAUCUGUAAAACAAAUAAUUCCGCGUAAUAAUUCUCUGUUCUAUUAGAUUUAUUUGUUUAUUUACUUUAUAAUGUGGCAGUGUAUAAUGUACAUACCUAUACUUACACACAUUACACACAUGUGAAACAUACACGCUAAACACAUACUUGCAUACGUGGUUCAAAUCCGAUCGUGCAACGUCUUCGCGAUGUACCUUCAUCAUUAUUUAAUGAACAAAUUAUAUUUGUAAUCCAUACAUAUUUAAUCUUUUUAACAAAUAUACGAAUUAUUUUCAAAUGAAAUAAAUGAUAAAUUAAAUACAAGCGCAAUCCAUUAUAUUAAAAAACUGGAAAAAAUACUUUAUCAUGUUGAAAAAGAUGCACUUUUACGAAAGAAGAUCGAAUAGCAUUCUGUAACGAGCAAAAAUCGUCGAAAGUUUGGCGCGAAAAUGAAGUGCGCAUGUAAGAAAAGUGGCGGACUAGGUGGAGCUAGUAGCGCAGCGAAAACAGAAACCCAAACCGGUCAUGGAGGCUAGUUAACGACUGUGCGCCGCGCUUGUGAAUAGUAAUUUCACCAGGAUAUUGUGAUAUUUACACGGACGACAGAAAAUCGACAGAAAUAUCGCCGGUUUAGACGAAAAUGGGUGCAUACCUGUCAGAACCUAUUACGAAAAAAGUAUCGAGCGACGAAGCAGGCAAGAAUGUCGCAUUCGGCGCGAGUUCCAUGCAAGGCUGGCGAAUUAGUCAAGAGGACGCACAUAACUGUUGCAUAGAUUUUGAUGAAAAUGUUUCAUUAUUUGCUGUAUAUGAUGGUCAUGGUGGUCAUGAAGUAGCAACAUACUGUGCACGUAAUUUACCAGAUUUUAUUAAACAAACUGAUGCGUACAAGAAAGGAGACAUUAGGCAAGCUUUACUUGAUGCCUUUCUGGGCUUUGAUGCCACACUUGAAAAACCUGAAGUAGUUAGUAUCCUUAAAGAACUUGCAGGGACAUCUACCUCAGAUAAGAAAAAAGAUGAGUUGAAUGAAUCUGAUGAAGAAGAAAAUGUUAAUAAUCUAUGUAUGGAGGCAACAAUGCCAUUGGAAGAAGUAAUGGCAAAAUAUCAAUCAGAAUUGAAUCCUAAUGUAAAAAAUUUGAAAAACGAAAAAUGCAGUAAAAGAGUAUGUUCUGCGAGCCCCUAUUUACGUGGUCGAAGAGGUAAAGAAAAAGCAAGCUCUUCAUCAUCCGGCGCCGGAUGUUCAUCAUCUUCGUCAUCUUGGAAUACAAAUGAAACCGACGUGAGUAGUUCCAGCCAACCAUGUGGGUCGUCUUUAUCUAAUAUAACGAAGAGAAAUGAAUCUGAAUGUCCUGGAAACAAUGAAGCUGAACAAGUUCUUGAUUCAACUACAAGUAAUGGAAAUGCACAUGUCUCUGCACCAGUAGGAUCAACAGCAGAUGUGGAGGCAACAAAAAGUGCAGAUAUGCCUGACAGCUCUGAAGAUGUAAACAAAAAAGUUACAAGUCCUGAUAAAAUUACAUGUACAGAAGAAUUAAAUGCAAAUGAAGUAGAAUUAAAUGGUGCAGAAUCAAAACGAAUUGAAGAUGCUGAUAGCAGUAAGGGUGGGGGUGAUAAUGUAUCAAGCAGUUCAUGUACUCCAGUAGAGAAUGGAGAUGCAGGACAGCAAGAACGUAUAACUAGUACUGGUAGAAGAAGAAUUCAACCUAUCACUUUAUAUCAUACUCUUUUAAAGAAAGACAACGAAGAUUCUGAGGAUGAUGAUGACGAUGAAAAUGAUGAAACAUUUGAUGGUGUCCCAGAAAGUUUUAGCGAUGAAGAUGAUAUAGAAGAUAUUGACGAAGAUGAAAGCGAGGAAGAUGAAGACGAAGACGAAGACGAAGAUGAGGAUGGAGAUGCUAAUAUCGAUGAUGACGAUGACGAUGACGAUGAUAGUGAAAGUCUUAUGAUGGAUACAGAAGAGCCAGGUUAUGAUAGUGGAUGCACAGCAGUAGUUGCAGUUUUAAAAGGGAAUGAAUUAUAUGUAGCAAAUGCCGGAGAUUCCCGUUGUGUAUUAUGCAGAGAUGGUCAGGCUAUAGAGCUUAGUCUAGAUCACAAACCUGAAGAUGAACCGGAAAUGGAACGUAUAGUAAAAGCUGGUGGUAAAGUGACAGCUGAUGGUAGAGUAAAUGGUGGCCUUAAUUUAUCAAGGGCACUUGGGGACCAUGCUUAUAAACAAAAUGUAAACUUGUCACCACAAGAGCAAAUGAUCUCCGCACUUCCUGAUGUGAGGCAUAUCACAAUUGAACCAGAAACAGAUGAGUUUAUGGUGCUUGCAUGUGAUGGUAUCUGGAAUUUUAUGUCGAGUCAAGAUGUUGUACAAUUUAUUCGUACUCGUUUGACUCAGAAUUACGAAAAAUUAUCAAAAAUAUGCGAAGAGUUAUUUGACCACUGUCUAGCACCUGAUACUUGCGGAGAUGGUACAGGAUGCGACAAUAUGACGGCUGUAAUAGUGCGAUUUAAGUCAUCGACUGAUGCUGUAACUAAUAGCACUGUUGCUGAAGUAUGUACUGUUAAAAGAUCGCUAUCGCCAUCUAUACCUACAGAAGAAAAUAAUGAUUGUAUUGUGCAGGAAGAUACAAUGAAUUCUUGUAAACGUCUUAAGACCGAAGCAACUAUGUGAGAAAUGUGUUAAAUGCUAAGAACUGUUACAAUCUCUGGAAACAGAUGAGUGAAUGUGAAUUUAUGUAAAAUUAUGUAAUUCUAUAAAACUGUGAAUUUUGAACAGAUACUCAAUGGUGAUCGAUACCAGUUACUUCAAAUAUCAUGUAAAGUAUGUUAGUACUGGCUAUUGUUAGCAGACUGAUCAAUUGGAGCAUAUGAGAAUGAUACUUUACUGCUAAUAUUUCGACACUUUAGUGCUUAAUCUGAUACAAAUAGACAGUGUUCUUUUUCAUUUAAAUUAAAAACAAUUGAUUUUCAAAACUGUUUCACUACAUCUGUUAUUACUAAACAGUGUACUAUACGGUCUAACAUUUUGAUAAUGUCAUGUACAAAAUAUAUAAGACAGUUAUAUAAACAUAAUUCUGUACAAUUAACAAAAUAAUAAAUAUUUCACUUUAUAAGUACUUUCUAUGGUAAUGAUAAGGUAGAUGAUAAGUAUAAAUAAAAUCACUCUAAAAUCAUUUACUAAGUCAAAGCCUUGUAAGAUUUUACAAAUAAUAUAAGGUACCAUAAUGAUUAGAUUAACAAUAAAUUUCUCAAGUCAAAAAUUUGUUUGAUGACUCAAUAUUUUGUGUAUCUUAACUGUUUUAUAUCCUUAUUGAUCAGAAUUCAAUUAUACGUCAUCUCAUUUGCUCCAUUAACAUGAAAUACGGAAUAUACUCUUUGAGUUUUUAGAUAACAUCCAUAGUAGAUAUGUAAUUGUACAUAUUUAUAAAUUUAGACUAUAGGAUUUAUAUUUGUAAUUUAACGUGAUACCAUUUCUUAUUUUUACGAAAUAAAGUUUAUUUUUGAAUCCCUGGGUAUAGUGGUUGAAUGGAUGGGUGUGCGAGUAGUCUUAAAAUGUGUAAACUGUAUUGCAUAAUAACGCCAAUUGCGUACGACGCAUUGCUAAUUUGUGAUCUUGUACUAAAAAUAUUGUUAAAAGAAUAAUAGUUAUGUUAUGGAAUACUAUCUA